UCUCUCUCUCUCUCUCUCUCUUCUCUCUCUCUUAAUCCAUCUUGUUUCUCUGUCUUUCCUCCCAAUAUUUCUCCCCAUCUCCCAUCAAACCUCAUUUUCUUAGCUUCGAGAAAAGAAAGGAAAAUAACACCCCAAACAAAGCCUCAUCAAGAAACCACCACCACCCCCGCCGGAAACGCAGCCGAUAUCUGACCCACACUCCCCUAAAAAACAAAAAAGAAAACCCCAUCCAACAUGAGCAUUCCAAGGGGCAAUGGCACCCAAGCUUGCGCUGCAUGUAAAUACCAGCGCAGAAAGUGCGCACCGGACUGCAUUCUCGCGCCUUAUUUCCCACAUGAUCGUCAAAAACAGUUCCUCAACGCCCAUAAAUUGUUCGGAGUUAGCAACAUCACCAAGAUCAUCCGAAAACUCGACAAGCACAAGAAGGAUCUAGCCAUGAGGACCAUCAUCUUCCAGUCCGACGUACGAGCAAGCGAUCCUGUUGGUGGAUGUUACAGAAUAAUUUGUGAAUUGCAGCGCCAGAUCGAGUACAGUAAAGUUGAGCUCGACGUUGUUCUUCAUCAGCUUGCCAUACACCGAGCUCAAGCUCAGCAACAAAAUCAUGAUCAUAUUGAUUCAGCAUUGAAUUGUGACGGUGUGAAUGUGGACCUCUUGAAUCCGUAUAAUACGAUGAGCUACCAUGAUCAAAACCAACUGAAUCAAGAACAAUAUAUUACGACCACACAGUAUAAUCACGUACCAUUGCAAGACAUUAGCACUGCAUGGGCCAUGCAGGAUUCCACGUCGACUAGCUUGCAAGACAAGCAAGGUUUUGUUAAUGAAUGUGAUGAUCAUUUGAAGUUGCCUCUAGAUGAAGCUGGAGAGAGACAGGAGUUCAAGUUUCAGCAUGAAGAAACAAUUGAAGGGAGGUUUGAACCAUUGACAUUAUCGAUUGUAUCAUCAUAG